CCCCAGCCGAGAGCGAGCGCGCCGGCGUGAGCGGCGCCCGGGAAGGCGGCGGGGAGGGCGAUUCGCAGAUCCCGACAUGCCGGAGUUCUUAGAAGACCCCUCGGUCCUCACGAAAGACAAGUUGAAGAGUGAGUUGGUCGCCAACAAUGUGACGCUCCCGGCCGGAGAGCAGCGCAAGGACGUCUACGUGCAGCUCUACCUGCAGCACCUCACGGCGCGCAACCGGCCGCCGCUCGCCGCCGGCUCCAACAGCAAGGGGCCCCCGGACUUCUCCAGCGAGGAGGAGCGCGAGCCCACCCCGGUCCUCGGCUCCGUGGCCGCCGCGGGCCGGAGCCGCGCCUCUGUCGGCAGGAAAGCUACAAAGAAAACUGAUAAACCCAGACUAGAUGAUAAAGAUGAUCUAGAUGUAACAGAGCUCACUAAUGAAGAUCUUCUCGAGCAGCUUGUGAAAUAUGGAGUAAAUCCUGGCCCUAUUGUGGGAACAACCAGGAAGCUAUAUGAGAAAAAGCUAUUGAAACUGAGAGAACAAGGAACAGAAUCAAGGUCUUCUACUCCUCUACCAACAAUUUCUUCUUCAGCAGAAAAUACAAGGCAGAAUGGAAGUAAUGACUCUGACAGAUACAGUGACAAUGAAGAAGACUCUAAAAUAGAGCUCAAGCUUGAGAAGAGAGAACCGCUAAAGGGCAGAGCAAAGACACCAGUAACUCUCAAGCAAAGAAGAAUUGAGCACAAUCAGAGCUAUUCUCAAGCUGGAGUAACUGAGACUGAAUGGACAAGUGGAUCUUCAAAAGGCGGACCUCUGCAGGCAUUAACUAGGGAAUCUACAAGAGGGUCAAGAAGAACUCCAAGGAAAAGGGUGGAAACUUCAGAACAUUUUCAUAUAGAUGGUGCAGUAAUUUCACAGAGUACUCCCAUAGCCGAAACUAUAAUGGCUUCAAGCAACGACACCUUAGUUGUCAAUAGGGUGACUGGAAAUUUCAAGCAUGCAACUCCUAUUCUGCCAAUCACUGAAUUCUCAGACAUACCCAGAAGAACACCAAAGAAACCAUUGACGAGAGCUGAAGUGGGAGAAAAAACAGAGGACAGAAGAGUAGAAAGGGAUAUUCUUAAGGAAAUGUUUCCAUAUGAAGCAUCUACACCAACAGGAAUUAGUGCCAGUUGCCGCAGACCAAUCAAAGGGGCUGCAGGACGGCCAUUAGAACUCAGCGAUUUCAGGAUGGAGGAGUCUUUUUCAUCUAAAUAUGUUCCUAAGUAUGUUCCCUUGGCAGAUGUCAAAUCAGAAAAGACGAAAAAAAAGGGACGCUCCAUUCCUAUGUGGAUAAAAAUUUUGCUGUUUGUUAUUGUGGCAGUUUUUUUGUUUUUGGUCUAUCAAGCUAUGGAAACCAACCAAGGAAAUCCCUUCUCCAGCUUUCUUCUAGAUGACUCUAGAAAACUCAAGUGAAAUCUUUGGCACAUUCAACUUGGUCUCCUAUUUUUAAUAACUGUAUAAAAAAUGUAUAUGCUUGUUGACUCAAGAACUAAAAAUAAUGUGAUUUCACCUCAAUAAACAUAGUAUUCCAUUGAAAACAAACAAGAUACAUAGAUGGACUUCAUUUAAAUGUUUUGGACCUUGGACUAGUAGGAGAUCACUUUGUGCCAUAUGAAUAAUCUUUUUUAGCUCUGGAACUUUUUUGUAGGCUUUAUUUUUUUAAUGUGGGCAUCUUAUUUCAUUUUUGGGGAAAAUGUAUAUUGUUUUUGUGUAUUUGGGAAACACGAAGGGCGUAAAACAUGGCAGUAUAAUGUGAAGUUACACAUUUAAAUACUUUGAAUUAUUACAGAAAAGAUUUUAAGAAUUCUCUGCUUAUUAAAAAUUUACACACAUACACAUAAUGAAAUUCGGUAAGAGGAAAAGUAACAGUUGUACUUUUUUAACUGCUACAAAGUUUGAUGGUGUUAUGAGGAAGAAGUACAGCAAUAAUCUCUUCUGUAACUUUUAUUAAUAGCAAUGUUGCCCUAUCGUACUCUUUUUAGAAGGUUUUUAGUAUCAUGAAAGUCCUACUUCAGUAAGACCUAUUUAAGUACAGUUGAUUUUUAGCAGGGAGCUGUUAGUGCAGCCUAUACAUGUUUUAGAGAACUGUUAGCUGGCUGUACCUGUUUUAAAAAGCUGAUAGCUAGCUAUAAGGCUAUGAUUGGAAAUUUGUACUUUUUAUUUACAGCAGAACAUUUAUUCUGUCAAUUCAAUUUGCUACCAAAAUAUUUUUUUAGAUAAAUAAGUGUGUGUGUGUCUGUCUGUUUAGAAGUUAGAAACUUUAAACACCAGUCUUCGAUUCCAUUUGGAUUCAUUUAUUGCAUUGUCUUCUCUUACCAAAAAUAAAUUUUGUCAUUUUUUUUUGCCCUGUAUUUCCCAAUGUAAUUUUGAUUAAAAAGUGCAAAAGUUAUAGAAAAAAAAUAAGCAUCAGUUAGUACCUGAAAUUGUAAACUCUGAAUAUGAGGUGGGCAUUAUGAUUUUGUGUACUCUUAAAAUGGUUAACUUUUUUCUUUCUGGUUGGUUUUUUUUGGUUUUUUGUUUGUUUGUUUUUUAGCUGAAACUUACCUCAUGUAUAACUUGGUUAAGUAAAGUAGUAGGUAAUUGAAAUUUCAAUAGAAUCAAGUAAAACAAAAUUAGAACCUUCAUUUGAGUUUCAGCUUUACAUGAAACCAUGAAGCACACUAAAAAUGUAAGUUAUUUUAAAAUAUCACCUGAAUUUUAAAAAGAAGCUGAAGGUGUAUUCACACCAGCCCACAAUGUUUAUUUGUAUUAGCCCUAUUCUGAUACUUAGUUUUUAGAUAUUUUGUAGGCAUUUUCAUUAAUACCCAGGAAUUGAGAACAGAAACACUUGCAGGUCAUCUGGUCCUGCAGGGCAUAUGGGAAACUUACUCCUAGAUCAGAAAUGCUUCCCUCUCUGAGUAAAAGUGCUUCUUUGAGAUGAGCCACAGAGGGGGGCACAUUUUACUCUGUUUCUCUGCUGUAAGGUAGUAUCAGUCUAUACUUUGUUUUUUGUUUUCAGCAUUUUGUUUAUAAUUAGAAAUUGUGAGAAGCUCCACUUAAUGUUUAAAAUUGUGGGGAGAUAUGUCUGACUUAACACGUAUGUAAGAUCAAUUCUCUAAUAGGAAAACUGUGGUCCAAAAUAGCAAAAGUAGGACCAGCUAAAACAUGUAGUCAUUUUUUUAAACAUGUACUUGGUCUUUUGUGUGUGUCUGUCUGAUUCCACUAGAGUAAAUGUGUCCUUGAUGUAAAUGCAAAGCAUUUCCUCCUGAUCAAAUUGUAGAUGUAGACUUUACCAUAUAAUUCAAUAAUAAAAGAGUAAUUAACCUCUGGUU